AUGAUCAACUAUUAUCAAAAGUAUUUACCAAAUUUAUCAACGAUUCUGACACCACUGCACAGCCUGUUGGAAAAAGGGAAAAGUUGGAAAUGGAGUGAAGAGCACCAAGAGGCAUUUAGAAAAUCCAAAGAGUUAUUGAAGUCCUCACAUCUAUUGGUGCAUUAUGACCCGGAGAAGGAGUUAAUACUGGCUUGCGAUGCCUCACCAUAUGGCUUGGGGGCUGUUUUGUCACACCGAAUGGAAGACAACACAGAACAACCAAUUGCAUUUGCCUCGAGAUCACUGUCCGCAGCUGAAAAAAACUAUUCUCAACUAGACAAAGAGGCGCUAGCCAUCGUAUUGGGUGUCAAGAAAUUUCACCAGUACGUGUAUGGUCGACAUUUCACCAUACUGACAGAUCACAAGCCGCUUGAGCGGGUACUUCAUCCGGAUAAAAUGACACCACCAAUGGCUGCAGCUCGAAUUCAGCGGUGGGCCUUAAUUUUGUCUGCGUAUGACUACGCCAUUCAGUACAAAGAAGGAAUUCAGGAUGCAAAUGCUAAUGCCCUCAGUAGAUUACCAUUGCCAGACACCCCAGGUUCAACACCAGUUCCUGAAGAAACAAUCUUACUCAUGGAACUAUUGGAGACUACUCCAAUAAGAGCAGAGCAAGUGAAGAACUGGACAAAGAGAACUCCUAUACUUGCUAGAGUUUUGAAAUUUAUUAAACAAAGUUGGCCUAGCAAGUGUCCAGAUAGGGAGUUUCAACCAUAUUUUCAACGACGAGACGAGCUGAGUGUUCAAGACGACUGUAUACUUUGGGGAAACAGAGUGGUUGUUCCACCCCAAGGAAGAAGGCAAGUGGUUGACGAAUUACAUGAAACCCACCCAGGAAUAUGUAAGAUGAAAAGUCUAGCAAGAAGCUACGUGUGGUGGCCGAACAUAGAUAACGAUUUGGAAAACAAAGUACGAACGUGCAACAACUGCCAGAUAAAUAGAAAGAAUCCUCCUGAAGCGCCACUGCACCCGUGGGAAUGGCCAAGCCGACCAUGGGAAAGAAUUCAUAUUGACUAUGCUGGUCCAUUCUUGGGGAAGAUGUUCCUCAUCAUGGUCGAUGCGUACUCAAAAUGGCUCGAAGUGCAUCCAACGAAUGUGGCAACAUCGAGAGCAACAAUUGAAAAACUUCGAUCAACAUAG